AUGGCAGCCGCAGAAGAAAGUUGUUUGAAUUUGCAAUUCCAAUUGCUGCGAAAGCUGAGGAGAUUGGGAACCCCGCCAUCAUUUGUGAACGUUUUGCCUGAAUUCCGGGAAUUCCAACCUAACCAAACCUAUGUCUACAACCCACUGGAAUAUAAUGCCGAAAUUAUCCAGGAAUAUUAUAGACGCUAUGCCAAUGGACCCAAGCGUGUUUUGUUUCUUGGCAUGAAUCUGGGAAGCGUUGCAUCGCUAAGAACCGGUAUACCCUUUGGGGACAUGAGGACAGUGCAAGAAUUGAUGCAAUUGCAGGGCGUGAUUAACGAACCACCACUACCUCGACCCUUGGAUGAACCCGACUCAAGUAGCACCCGGUUUUGGAAUUUAAUCCAGGCUCUGUACAAUGAUGCAGGAAAUUUUAUGGAUAUGUUUUUCGAAGAUUGUUUUGUCGCCAACUUCUGUCCCUUGGCUUUCCUUGACUGCAGUGGUAAAAAUGUUUCCCUUCAAGAAUUGCCCAAGGGCAAUAAUCAUGAACAUAGUGGCUAUAUAGAACAAAUGAAAGAAGCCUGUUUGGAAAAUUUGCAACAACAAGUCGAUUUGUUGAAUCCUGAUCUCGUUAUAGCCAUGGGUCAUUAUGUCAAAAAUAUUCUUAAAGGAUUGGAAAAUGCCAGAGCAUUGAAUAUAGUGCGUAUUAAUCAUCCAAGUCGUAGAACUGGAAUAGCGGAGCGCGAAUGGAUAAGAGAUUCUAAAACGUCUAUUCUAAACGAAGAAGUAUUUCAAGAGAUCCUUCGAAGACACAAUAUUCCACAUGGCAUAGACCUCCAGAAUGUACCCUGA